AUGAAUGCCACUAGUCAUUCAAUUGUCAUGACACUUCAUCCAGCAACAAUCAAUGACGAGAGUAUCAAACGUUUUCGUUUGCAAUAUGGAAUCAAUUUUCCAUAUCAACAUACGAUUUAUAUAAACAAAAAUCAAACUUCAUUAUUUAUUGAUAAACUUGAACCAAAUCAAAAAUAUAUUUUCUCAUUGAUUGCACUGAACGAAAAUAAUGAUACCGUCAUUCCCGAACAAUUCUAUGAUUUUCAAAUGCCAUCCGAAGAUGAUGAUCGUCAACCGCCGAAAACGCCAUUAGAACUAAAUCUCAUUCCUCGUUCGAAAACAUCCGUUCUUUUACAAUGGACUGAUGUCGAUUAUCCAAAGUCCAGUCGUCUGCCAUCAUCACGUCGUUAUAAGAUUCAAGUACACGAAUUAGAUCUGAAUCAACAAAUUGUAAAACAACAAGAAAUCUUGACCAAUAACGAACAAUCACAUCUGAUUGAAAACUUAAAACCGUUAACAAACUAUGAAUUUGCUGUGAAGGCAAUUGAUGGUGAUCUCGAAAGUGAUUAUUCGUUAUCAAUUGAGUAUUCGAAUGCGAUUUAUCCGAUAAAACAGUUAAAUAUGAUAACGAACAAUGAUCCGUCAAAGGUAACAUUAACAUGGCAAAUACCGGAAGAUACAAGUGGAAUUAAAUCAUUUAUUAUUUAUUAUAAUGAACAAGGAGAAAGUGGACCGGAACAGAAAGUUAUCGUACCUGCUGAUUCUACGCAAACGACAAUUUCAAACUUAAAACCGAAUACAAAAUAUUUGUUUAGAAUUGUUUCAGCUAAUCAAUUUAAUGACGAAUCAACACCGGAAACAAGAUUGUAUAAAACUCCGAAUGUUGUAGAUACAAAGAAUGUUGAAGCGAACAAAGUUCAAAAUAUAUUCGGCUGGCCAUCAUUGGGAUUAUCAAAUAAUUCGUGGCUGAUCAUUCUGAUUGUAAUCAGUAUCAUCUGUUUAUGCGUAUUUAUCACUGGUAUUAUGAUUUGUUCUCGAACACAAUGCUGUUUUUGUGUGUCAAAUGAUAAAAAGCAAAUUCACGAUUCUCCAACACAUCUCCAUCAACGGCAAUAUUCUCCGACAAGUAACACAGCAUCGUCGUCACUUAUUAAACCAACUGAUCUUUGGGCUGGAGCGGAUUGUCUUUCACCACCAACAGCAACAAUUCGGAAUUCAAAUGUUGGAGAGAGACACUAUGAAACAUCGUCAACAGCGGGUAGUGGAACACUACAACGAUGUAACCAUCAUCAUCAUCAUCCUCUGUAUCUUCACAAUCAAGAAACACAACCACUGACAAAUAAUCUGGAAUCGAAUGUGGAUCAACAACGACAUUCAUUUGUACCUUCAAAUGAUGGUUCAAGUUCGAUUGAUGGAAAUACAAGUGGAUUUACAUUGAACGGAAAAUUUAAUGCUAGUGUCCGUUCAAGGCCUAUUGCCGUUGGCGGAUCAUUUGAUCAACAAACACAAAAGAAGGCAAUGAAGAAUCUACCAAUGGGUACAGCAUAUAUCAUGAAUCAUACGAAUAUAGUUCAACAACAACAGCAUGUCACUGUUCGACCUAUUCAACAAAAAGCUCAAUAUAUUGUGCGACCUACUGAUCAAUCCCAUUCAAUUGGAUCAGGUCCAUCAUCACCCGACUACCAACAUUCCCCAUCCAACAGUCACUGCAGUUCAAAUCAUAAUCCACCAUCGAUUCAAUCAAAUUCUUUUCAAGGAGCUGUUGUCUACGAUAAAGUCUCCAAUACAAAUAAUGCUAAUGAACAUUCCGACAGUCAACGUGCACUUCUACUUACAGCCAAACCGAAUCUACGUAGUUUCACCGUUCCUGUUGCUCCACCAAUUAUUCCACCACCGACAAUUUCCACUAAACAACAAGGAACUAUUUUACCGGCAAAUGCUCAAUACAAAUCGCCAUUUCGUAGUCCAAAUCGUCCGAUAUUGAAUAAUUAUACAAAAGAAAUUUCGUCUGAUGAAAUUGAUGCCAAUCCAGCUGAUGUCCUCGAAGAUGUACGCAAUCAACUCGGCAAUCUAAUGAAGAAAGAUUUUCAAUAUUUCAUUUUCGAUAUGCCUCGAUAUGCACAAUUGGUCUUAGGACCAGCCGGUUCAGGAAAAUCGACCUAUUGUAGUUCGAUGGUAAAACACGGUGAAGUUGUUAAACGAACAAUUAAUGUUGUUAAUCUUGAUCCAGCAGCAGAACAUUUCGAUUAUCCGGUGUUCGCUGAUGUACGAGAAUUGAUUGAAAUUGAUGACGCUAUGGAUGACCAAGCAUUACGAUUUGGUCCAAAUGGUGGUCUUAUUUUCUGUAUGGAAUACUUUGAAAGAAAUCUCGAAUGGUUACAAGAACAGUUAGGUGAUGGCGAGGAUGAUUACUUUCUAUUUGAUUGCCCCGGUCAAAUUGAAUUAUAUACUCAUGUGCCUAUUAUGCGCCGUGUAGUAAACCAAUUACAAAAUUGGAAUUUUCGUGUUUGUGGUGUAUUUCUUGUCGAUGCGCAAUUUUGUGUUGAACAAUCGAAAUUUUUAAGUGGAAUGUUAACAGCAUUAUCUUCUAUGAUUCAACUAGAAAUUCCGUUUAUUCAUGUUUUAUCGAAAGUUGAUCUUCUUUCCAAACGCGAUAAGAAACGUUUGAAAAAAUUUGUCGAUCCUGAUGUAUAUCAACUGGCAAGCAGUGAAAUAUCGAAUAGUUUUCUCGGAAGAUACGGUCAACUAAACAAAGCCAUAGCAAGUGUGAUAUACGAUUAUAGUCUAGUGAAAUUUUAUACAUUAGACAUGAGUAAAGAAGAUUCGAUCACAGAUCUGUUAGUAGAAAUCGAUUUAUGUAUGCAGUAUGGUGAAGAUUUUGAUGUUAAAGAACCAAAAGAGGUGGAAGAUAAUGAACAGGAUGAUUUUCAUGAUGAUGAGUGA